AGAAUGCAAUAGCAAAAUGCGGAGGACUAAGAAACUCCGCAUUCCAAAGCAACUACAGGCAAAUAUGAAGACAUGUGAUUGAUUAUCAAUGUUGAUUAGAAAUGCGCAAACGUAAGAACAUGAAUACUUGUUUAGCAUGAAAGAGGAUGAAGGUCGGUCGCAUUAACCUGUAGCUUCUUCGCGAAGCCGGUGCACCUCCUACCAUCAGGGGUCGGUGCGCGGAGCGACCUAGUAUCAGGGGGCGAGGCGGAGCUAUCCUGCACGUUCAAUCUAAGAGAAGAUAGCAGUUCUUUUUUGGAAACAAAAUUGACGACUCUAGCGGCUUCAUUAGUACAACAGAGAAUUGCAGCGACCAUUCCGCAACGCGGCUAAGCAACCCAUUGCUUCUCCCGAAUUUUCAAUCCAGCUGGACAAAUAGUAGACGACUGACUUUUUGAAAGUACAAGCGGCAAACACACUGAAGAAGCAGUACCCGAUUAUUCCCCUACAACUGGAGCAGGAGUCUCCGAGUAGAAACGGAAACAGAUACUGUUUCGAAUAUUAACUACAUCUCCCUUCCCUCUCAAAACAGCUAACAGUGUACUAGCAGAACUAAAAUAAAGACAACAAGAUGACGACCGUUUCUGAUUUGAACAAUCCGGUGUCACGCGCACCCUACAAGAAGACCAAGGCUGUGCGAUUCACGGUCUUGUCUCCCGAUGAGGUGAGGUGUAUGUCUGUGGCUUUGAUCCACAAGACCAACACCUACGAAAAUGGUAUGCCUGUGUACAACGGUUUGAACGAUCCUCGUAUGGGACCCAUCGACUACAGGACAGCAUGUUAUGGUCAACAUUUAUAGUAUCCAUCUUUCUCGGCAUCUUGGUCCCCCUUUUGCCUUGUAUUCUCAUGAAAUACAGGGGGAGCAAAGGGGUCGAGAUGAGGGGGGCAAGAUGGAUCCAAGCCGAGUCUAAUCAUGCGAGACCUGCUCACUGGACAUGGACAAGUGUCCGGGUCAUUUUGGGCACAUAGAAUUGGCGCAGCCGAUGUUUUCGUGGGGGUUUUUGAAGACGACGCUGUCAUGUCUGAAGUGCGUGUGUCACUAUUGCAGCAGACUGUUACUGCCGGAAGACGAUCUGCACUUGCAAGCAGCGAUGAAAACGAGAAAUAUGAAACAAAGACUGGGACAGGUGCCAAAUUUGUGAGAUAAAACUGUGAUCCUGACAAAGAUUGAAAGCAGUGUUGAUCCUCUUACUUCUUGUUUCGGAAGAGAAAUGUGUUUUUAAUCGCUCCUCUGGUUGUCAGGAGUUGCCUAGACAAAUCUUGAUACCCACAACCCCGACUGCCCCCAUUUUUUAACCCCUACCGCCACCAGGUCUCCAAGCUUUGUUCCGCGAAGAAGAAGUGUCCGUUUCACGGCAAUCAAGUGGCAAUAGAGGACGCUGCAGAGGAUAUAGAUGCUAUGGAGCAGCAACAUGCUGGUUGUGGUUACGCCCAGCCUCGAUAUGUCCAAGAGGGAGCGAUGGUCUACGUCAUAUUUCCAGAGGACGAAACUAACGAGCAGCGUGAUAGGAAACGUAUUUCUUAUGCUAAUGAUUUAUCAACUACUUCUGAAGCUCCUGUUGGUUGUGCACUUGUUUUCGUUGAGUGAGUUAGUUUAAUAUCUUCGCAGGAGCUGCUGAAACGAAUUCAAAAAAUUUUUACUUUUUUUUUUGUGCACCACGGACGGUCGACAACAGUCAACAGUCACCCCUUUCCAACUACCCUACCGGACCAAAUCAGGCCAGCUCACUGGUGAAGAGGCAUACAGAAUACUGAGCAACAUUCCAGCAAAAGACAAGCGCGCUAUGGGUUUUAUUCCCGGAAGGAGUGACCCUUCAUGGCUGAUUCUGACGAAUUUCCCAGUUCCGCCCCCACCAGUGCGACCCACAGUGAGUUUCGGCUCUGACCGAAGUGAAGACGACCUGACAGCAAAAUUGCUGGAUUUGUUGAAGGCAAAUGACACCCUGAGAACGCAAAUGCAGCAAGGCGCGGGACAUCACGUGUGUCAGGAAUUCGCGAAUUUGUUGCAGUACUGACUCCUUACGAUGAAAUUGAUUCCUUUUGUUUCCGGACACAGUCGAAUUUCUGUAUGACGCAACUGCAUCUAGCUUCUCCGAGAAGCAGCACAUUCGCUUGCCCAUGUUGUUGCGAUACCAUUUUCUUUUGACCCCACGAACUUCUUCGUCAUAUCUUCCUCCCAUCUCCCCAAAAGGUACCACAUCUACACCCUUUGCGACAACGGUAUUCAAUCGCUCCCCCAAGCCACCACCAAGAGCAAAAAGCCUAUUAAGUCUAUCCGCGAGCGCCUGAAAGGUAAGGAAGGUCGACUUCGCGGUCACUUGAUGGGAAAACGUGUGGAUUUUUCUGCGCGAACGGUGAUUGGCGGCGAUCCUAUGUUGGACAUCGAUCAAGUCGGUGUGCCCAGAUCUAUUGCGUUUAAUUAAGGCCUCACUUAUUAAUCCAUCUUUUACCGCAUCUGCCAGCAGUUUUCAAGUAGAGAAAGAGAAACGGAUGGGGGAAAAUAUGGAUGGGAGUGAGUUCUAAUUUAACUUGACGUUCCCGGAGCGGGUGACUACCAUCAGUUAUGCGCGUUUGAUGGCUGCGGUGAGGAAUGGACCGACGGAAUAUCCUGGCGCGAAAGCGGUGUUGACGAAGUCGGGACAACCCUAUGAUUUGCGAUACGCGCACAACAUCGAGUUGAAGAUUGGAGAUAAGGUGCUUUUCCUAUAAUUUAUGUACGAUGGAUUCAAUUGUUGUUUCGCAUUGAAGAUUGGAUUGGAAAGAGGAAAGAAUAUUAACACUUUUUGCUGGGGGCUUACGAAGAAAAUUUUGCAAAUUGGUCCUCUUGAACUCCUCCCCAUUUCCCUUUCUCUCCAAAACCAGGUCGAACGCCACAUGGUCGAUGACGAUUUUGUGGUCUUCAACCGACAGCCUAGUUUACACAAGAUGAGUAUGAUGGGGCACAGGGCGAAGAUUCUACCCUACAGUACGUUUCGUUUGAAUUUGUCGGCUACCUCUCCUUACAACGCCGAUUUUGACGGCGAUGAGAUGAACUUGCACUUGGCGCAGAGUCACGAAACUAGAGCUGAGAUCAAGCACAUCAUGCUCGUGCCGAAGCAGAUGGUCUCGCCACAGGGUAACAAACCGGUGAUGGGCAUCGUGCAGGAUAGUUGCUUGGCGGUCUCGAAGUUUACGAAAAGGGACACUUUGCUGAAGCGGGAUAUCGUGUACAACCUGUUGUUAACCUUGCCGAACUGGGAUGGACGAGUGCCAACACCAUGCAUCUUGAGGCCAGAGCCGUUGUGGAGCGGCAAGCAGAUCUUCUCCUUGUUGCUGAAACCGGGUCUGAACGUCAUCAAGGACAAUGGAGUAGCUGCGAAGAACAAGAGCGACAAUACUUUGUUCUCAAAAUCUGACCACAAGUGCAUCAUCCGCGAUGGCGAAGUAGUUUGCGGUCGGGUAGACAAGAAGAUUGUCGGAACGCAGUCUGGUGGCGUCUUGCACUUGACGUGGUUAGAUCACGGUCCGGAAGCGUGUAAGAUCCUCAUCUCCUACAUCCAGAAACUCGUCAAUGCUUGGCUGUUGCAUUUCGGUUUUACGUGUGGUUGCGCGGACAUCGUCGCAAACGACGAGACAAUGGCUAAGGUGGCGGAGACGUUGCGCGGCGCAAAGGACAAAGUGGCGGAAGCGGUCGCGAAAGCGCAGCGAGGUGAGUUGGAUACGCAGCCGGGUAAAACGAUGUACCAGAGCUUUGAACACGCAGUGAAUCAGUCGCUGAACAGUGCGCGUGAAGAAGCUGGAGGAAUCGGUACUGAUUUCUUGUUAGAAUUCCUUUCUUUGAUACCGCCUGCAUCUGCACUUCUUUCCGCUUCUGAUCUUUCUACCCACCGUUGCUGACGUCUUUCACGACUUUCUAUUCGUUCUCUUCCGCCCUGAGCUGUGUCGUGUGCCGGUGGCUCGCAUAGUGCCUGUGACAAAGAUUCACCAAUUGUUUGCCCCUUCUUAUACUGUGAUGAGAAACGUUCGUUCUCACGAUGGUCUUCUGCAUGUCUAACGACACUGGAGACAAAGCAACUAACCCAGCUCUCUGAUCGAAGGAAAAUGUUGCCCGUUUACUUCUUGUACUUGAUUCACAUGUGAUGAGAAAAGUUCACUAUGGUCUUCUGAAUUGUCCACGGACGAUGAAGCCUAAAGAACGCACCCAGCCAAUCUGACUGUAGGAACUUCACGAACCUGAGCAAUGCUCUGCUCUUCUUGCCUAGGAGCUUCAAGUGAUGAGAAACGUUCGUUCUCACGAUGGUCUUCUGGAUGUCUAACGACUCUGGAGACAAAACAACUAACCCAGCUCUCUGACUGCACCUUGAGACUUCACAUGUCUGUCCGCUCUUGCUCUUGCUCGCCUGUCUCUCUAUUCUAGAUCCUACGUACUUGUUCACUUCCAAGUAACAAUUUUAUGUGAAUUCCCGUCUUGUAGUUAACCCAAAAGGUCAAUCAUGUUUUACUAAAAGAUGAUAACCAGCGAAAUUCAACCUUACGUCGAUGAAGGAAACUCUCUCAAACACUCCAACUCCAUUUCCCUUCUCCAAUCCCAGGUUCCGACUCCCUGGACGAACGCAACAACAUUAUUGCGAUGGUGACAUGCGGUAGUAAGGGUUCGAAUAUUAACGUAGCGCAGAUUAUUGCUUGUGUGGGUCAGCAGAACGUCGAAGGUAAGCGUAUCGCAAACGGUUUUCGAGAUCGAACAUUGCCCCACUUCGCCAAAGAUGACUAUGGUCCGGAAAGCAGAGGCUUCGUCGAGAACUCUUACUUGGCAGGUAGAAGGAGCUUUUUGGACUGUUUUGAGUUUGUAGAUUUUGGGACUGUAUUAGCCAGCUGGAACUUGUUGACUAGAAGUCACGGUCUCUAGCGUUUCGAUUUAGCUACUCUUUGAUAGUGACUAUCUUUAGUAUCAGAUACAUUCUUAAACUCAUCUCACCACUAAUCUAUCCUUCAGUUUCCUAUUUUGAUUAUAUUCUACGCACCUUCGUGCGACCGCUUCUCAAAACGACCAUAGGCCUGACACCAGAAGAGUUGUACUUUCACGCUAUGGGUGGUCGAGAGGGUGUAAUCGAUACUGCAGUGAAGACGUCCGAGACGGGUUACAUCCAGCGUCGUUUGGUGAAAUCCAUGGAGACAUUGAAAGUUCGAUAUGAUGGUAAGCUUGCUUUGCUAUUGUUGUUGUUUGGACGUUUUUUACUAGUCGUAGCUAUUAUGUGUGUACUUAGCUCGUUUCCACUCCGACAUAAACAGUUAUAGCAUAGUGUCUUCGAAAAAGGUACUGUCCGCAACGACAAUGAGGACAUUGUGCAAUUCUUGUAUGGAGAGGAUGGUAUGGAUGCGGUGUACAUCGAGGAUCAAGACAUCGAUUUGAUCAAGAUGUCCCAUAAACAAGUAGACGAAAAGCUUCAGCAUGACCAUCUGGAUGCAAAGUACGGCAUCAACUGGUUGCCAGGAAGGGAAAACUUGGAGUGGCUGAGGGCGUUGCAAGCAGGAGCGAAACGCGAGGAUAGAAUUUUGAUGGAUGAAGAAUUCGAUCUGCUGAAACAGUACUGGCCCGUUUUGCUUUUAGAAGGGCCUGUGAUGUUUUUCGGAUGUAGUUGUCUUUCGAAUGUCUCACUUCAUGAUAUCACGGUCAUGAAGAAAUAGUUGUAGAGGACUCUCUGACUUACUAGUUGCAAUGAAAUAUUCGCCGCUCAAUAUGAUAUUAUCCAAAAACAAAGGUACAAAAAGCAGUUGUGCAUGGAUAUCUACAAGGACGGCGAGGUGAAACAGCACGUGCCAGUCCCCGUGGACCGACUAGUCAAGACGGCAACUGUGAAUCAGCUCAAGAUGGCAGGAGACGGCAUUCCAGAUGAGUUCUACACGCCACCAGAGAUCAUCCGCAAGGUGCGAGACCUCAUGGAUGGCCUCAACACCAUCAAGGGUCUCGAUAUCAACGAUGAGCUUGGCCAAGAGACUCUUGCCAACUCCAUGAUUGUGCUGAAUGCGCACAUUAGAACUCGCCUGAACAGUCGGAGGAUUCUAGAACAGGACAAGCUGAACAAGAACAGCUUUGACUGGCUCAUGGGUGAAAUCCACGAUAAAUUUGAGCGGUCCUUGGCCCAAGCGGGUGAGAUGGUUGGAACGAUUGCAGCACAGUCAGUCGGAGAACCUGCAACGCAGAUGACGCUGAACACAUUCCACUUUGCAGGAGUACUUCCUUCCUGAUAAUUACAACUUAUUUGCUCGUUCCUUCAUUCAAAGUGUAAGUGUCUCUUCUUAUAAGAUUUUUUCUACGAAGAUAGUGUCAGGGAGAUCAUGAUGAUACACCAAUCAUAGACCGUCGUUUCGUACCAAAUCCCCUGUAAACUCUCCAGGUCGGAAGUAAAAACGUGACUCUUGGUGUGCCGCGUUUGAAGGAGAUUAUCAACGUCGCGAAGACUGUGAAGACUCCCAGUCUCACCUGUUAUUUGCAACCUGAGAUCGCCAGGUCAAAGGUGAAUGCUAAGCAUGUCCAAGCUCUCAUCGAACACACGACCUUGGAGAGGGUCACUUCGUUCUCUCAGAUUUUCUACGACCCCGAUCCGGAGUCAACUGUAGUACCAGAAGACGCAGGCUGGGUUGGCGAGUACUACGAACUACCCGACGAAGAGGACAACCGAGACCGGUUAUCUCCUUGGGUGUUGCGUAUUCAGCUCGACAACAAGGUCAUGACCGACAAGAAACUGCACAUGCGUGAAGUCGGCGAGAGGAUCAUUAGCGACUUCAUGGGAGACUUGAACUGCAUUUUCACCGAUGAUAAUGCCGAUGACUUAGUCCUGCGCCUCCGUAUUGUCAAGGAGGCACCGAUGGGCCAAGACCCGAUGGACGUCGACGCGGAUAUCGAAGACGAGGACAAAGAUUGCCGCUUCCUGAAAAACAUCGAGCGCGACAUCCUCAAGGACAUGGUCUUGAAGGGCGUCCACGGCAUCAAAAAAGUCUUCAUGCGCGAAGAGAACGUGAUCAAGUACAACGAGCAAACGGGAGAGUUUCCGCCAAGACACAAGAUGCUCAAGGAGUGGUUGUUGGACACCGACGGGUGUAACUUGGAGGAAAUUCUGCAGAUUGAGGAAAUCGAUUCGCGGAGAACAACUAGUAACGACGUGGUGGAGAUCAUGCAAGUGCUUGGUACGACAUCAUAGCUCUUUUUAGGAUGGUCUGCCAAGAUAUUUAUUUGUUCUUGUUGACUAGUGAAUCUCAAAUUUAGUAUCCGUUCAACAUUCUCGAGAAAGAUGUUGAAUACGUUUUUCUCUACGACGCACAGGAAGUCCCCUUGUAAAAAUAAGUCUUGAAGAAAAGCGAAAGCCAUUCUCCUCCAUAAGCCGCACUUCACCAGGUAUCGAAGCCGUCCGAAAGAAGUUGCACGACGAGGUCAAGGCAGUUAUCUCGUUCGAUGGCGCUUACGUCAAUUAUCGACAUCUUGCAGUUUUGUGUGAUACCAUGUCUAAUCGCGGCCACUUGAUGGCUAUCAGUCGACACGGAGUUAACAGAGCAGACCAUGGACCCUUGAUGAAAUGUUCCUUUGAGGAGACGGUGGAGAUGUUGAUGGAAGCGGCAAUGUUUGGACAGGUAACUUGAUAGGAAGAUUAUCUUUCUUUUCCGGUACUAUGAAAUUUUCGAAUAUCUGACUUGAAGUCACUUCGAACUGUGUACUCCUCAUUUUGUAAUUCAUUUCUCUCUCUUUCUUUCCACCACAAAAAUUCGUCCAUUAUCUAAACUUCGCAUCCCCAAUGUCCAUUCACAGGUCGACCACUGCCGCGGUGUUUCUGAGAACUUGAUUCUCGGUCAACUGCCCAACAUCGGAACCAAUGAAUUUGAUAUCCUAGUAGACACCAACUGCUUGCAAGAGGCCAAGCCGACCUAUGAGAAACCACGCCCACCGACAGAGGACGCGGCGGAUGCCUUUAACAAGGAUAUCCAGGAUAGGUUCCACGAUCUGCAGACACCAAUAAACUUCAUGGACGACUACACAGAUGACAGUUACCGAAGAGUCAAAAACGACUCAGAAGCAAAAAGAGAAAGAGAAAAGGCGAUGGUAAAGAACUUGACUACUAUAACUUUUGCUUGCUAAUACAACGAACUUUCCUUUUUUGGACGAACAUUGUGUUGUAUGAGUAGAAAAACGAUUCUUGUUGCAUACUGGGUUAGCAAGAAAACGCGUUUGACUCAGGCGCUCAAAGCGCAGGGCUGAAGCAGGAACCUAUCUAAUCGAAUCUAAUCUAAUCACAACAAUGGACCAAACAACUUCUCAAACCACUCCAGGCUUCCUUCGGUGCCAUGGACGAAGAUGUCGAUAGACGUGGAUCUGGCGGUAUCAACUAUGCUGAGAUCCAUCAGAGACCAGGCGCUAGUGUCGGCAUCAAUCCUGCCCUUUCUCCAGAACCCGAAGGCUUUGAUGACUCACCGUUAUCGCCAUUUGCGGAUUCUGUUAGCGGUGGAUUCCACUUCGGUGGUGGCUUGAGCAGUGCUGCAAGCGAUCCAGGUAUGAGCGGCCACGCUCGCGGAUCUAGUCUCGCAGGCACAGCAGCAAGACGCGCGAAUCUACCUGGUCAGGGGAGUCUGACUGGCGCAAAUCUAGCCGACCACUUGUCGCAAGAUGGGCUUUCUAGUCGAAGUCAGAGCAGAGUAGGCCGCUCGCAGGUAAGAGCGCGCAACCGCGGAUUGAGGGCGGCUGAUGACGAUAUCGCUCUCGGUUCAGGCAACGAAGAUGGUGCGGGAUCCGACAGCGGUCUUUACAGCCCAGUCCCAGGAGUAGGAGACGGCUCUCAGCCCUUGCGCAGUGCCUACGACCGACCCUCGUCGCAACAGCGACGACCGCGACCAAAUGCACCUGGCGAGGGUAGUAGUGCGUACGGCUUUGGGGGUUUUGGCCAAGGAAGGUACACAGCUUCGAACUAUCUACAGCCGGACGAAACAGGCAGUGACGCGGGCUACACGCCAGCGCCAGGACCGGGAACAGAGCGGUCGCAAAGUAGGAGUCGAAGAGACCGAGGAUAGGGUGUGUAGAUAUAUAUGUUCUUUUAAUGAAUAUAUUUGAUACAGAGAUGAAGGUCUACUUCUAGGAGUUUCUAGGAGUAGAUCAUCUAGAUGAAGAUGGAAAUAGCACACAGAUAGAAUUUUUUAAUAUCCUUGUUACAUAUAAUACUUUUUCAGAACGAGAACGCUUUCAAGGUUGGUUCUUUGCGCUCAAGAGUCGACUUUAGUAUCACAAGUUUACACUCUAAAGUCACCUCUUUAAAUGGAUACCAAAACUCGCUCUAUAAGCCAAAACUCGCGUUGUUUCAAAACCUUUCUAACUUUGAUGAAUAACGCAGAAACGAUUUCUUCUAGAUAGGGAAGAUGCUUGAGGGAUGCUCACACGUGCGUAGAGAAGGUAGCGUUUCGAUUUUUUAGUUUGUUUCGUUUGUUGCACGAUGGCCAGUGCAAUUAUGAGUCCUUUAAUGUAUGAUAAGUCGUAGCACAUACAGCAAGAACGAAAUGGGUAAUAUAUAUCGCAUAAAGACGAAGAUGAUUGAACAAGAUGGUAAUUACACAUAUAUCAAUACUAGGGAAUGAUUAGAUAGGUGACUGAAUUCCUCAGAAAAUUCUUUUCUCUUUUUAACUGGACGAGGAUAUUGUUCAGUGACAAGAGGGAUCGCAACAAAAGUCACCAAAUCAUGUUAUCACAUCGAAGCAAAAAAUAAAAAAUGAAUCUUGAUAAAUGUAAGAAGGCUAUUGGGAUUAUAUGAUGGAGGAGAAUACCCGGUCGCAGGGCCAAAGUUUCCCUGACUGGAGCGCGAUGCAAGUAGCCUUCGUUCGGGAAUUGCAGGAAACAAAUAACUCAAGAGCUUGUAUCUAUCUCUGACGCCCUAAAGAU